UUUUUUCUGCACCACACAUCGUAACUUUUGUUUACCUUUUUUAUCUCUAAAAUCAUUUACAUAUAUAAGAUAUAUAUAUCUUUUAGUUAUUUUAAUAGUUCAAACAAACUUUAAAACUAGAAAUUUAAUUAGUUAACUAACUAUUUUCAAAGUGUAUGUAAGAAAAGACAACAACAAUUAGCCAUAAACAUGUCAGAAGUACGCAUACGGCCUAGACAAGUUUUGGUUUUGAUAAUAGUAUUCCUGGUGGUGCUAUUAAUGGUACAUCGUAAUGGCAAACGUACUUGUCAGGGACCCAGCUAUCUGCAGGCCAUGUAUAGUAAAAUGCAAGAUGAAGAAUUGCCAACAAUUUACUGUAUAACACCCACUUAUGCUAGACCACAACAAAAGGCUGAACUAACCCGAUUAUCACAUAUAUUCAUGCUGGUACCGAAUUUGCAUUGGGUUUUGGUAGAAGACGCUGAAACUACCACGGAAUUAGUAAGAAAUCUUAUAGAAAGAGCCGGUUUAACUCAAAGAGCUACACAAUUGAAUACUAAAACUCCAGCUGCCUUUAAACUUAAACACAAUGAUCCUAAUUGGAUUAAGCCUAGAGGUGUAGAGCAGAGAAAUUUAGCUUUAUCUUGGGUACGCACUAAUGCUAAUGUCGACAAACAUAGCAUUGUAUACUUUAUGGAUGAUGAUAAUUCCUAUAGUGUAGAAUUGUUUGCGGAAAUGUCUAAACUGGAAAAGGGUAAAGUGGGUGUUUGGCCGGUGGGUUUAGUGGGUGGUCUAAUGGUGGAGAAACCUUUAUUGAAUAGCGAAACUAAAGAGGUUAUAGGUUUCAAUGCUGCCUGGCGUCCCGAAAGACCUUUUCCCAUAGAUAUGGCUGGCUUUGCCAUAAGUACGGACUUAUUCUUUAAAUAUCCUCAGGCCACGUUUAGCUAUGAGGUACAGCGUGGCUAUCAGGAAAGUGAAAUAUUAAGACACUUGACAACACGCUCAGAGCUGCAGCCUUUAGCUAAUAACUGCCAAGAGGUUUUAGUGUGGCACACCAGAACGGAAAAGACUAAAUUGACAAAUGAGGAAGCACUCAAUAAACAGGGUAAACGUUCCAAUGAAGGCAUGGAAGUGUAGGGUGAAAAAUAUAAACUUUUUUAAAGAACUCAAACAUAUCUUUUUAUUAUUUCUUUUUAAUUAUUUAUUUUAAAUACUUUCAUACUAUUUAGUUAUGUUUAUGUGAUAAUGUUUAAAAUUUAAGAAUUUUUAAUUUCAAAUAUCAAUUUUCAAGGUUUCCUAUUUUAUAUACUUUCUGUAUUUUCCAAAAUAUAGUUUUUGUUUCAACUUUGUUUAUAAAUUUCUCAGCACAAUCACUUUUAAUCAGUAGAAAUUACAAGUCCAUAGCUUUCUAAAUACCUAAAUAUCAACUAAACUUUGUAUAAUAGUCUUCCAAAAAAAUAUAUAAAGAAAUCUUGUAUAAAAUCAAAAUACAACA